CGAGCCGGCCUUGGCUCUUGAAGUAGUCUGCAUCCACUAAACCAUUUUGGGCCAUCUUUUGCUAAACAAUGGAGGAGAGGGCCGGAGUCCUCUUUUCUAAUUUCUUCUCUCCAGGGUUUCGCAGUUGCAGUAAUGUCUAAAACCCUUCCUGUGUCAGGAGCUUCAAGCUUCACUAUAUCAUUAUCACCUUUUCCAUUUAAAAAUAUUAUAUUUUCCUCCCUAUGUUACUGGAAAAUUCCACAGCCCUCUCCAUCUCCAUCUCCGUUUUCUUUUUUCUUUUUUUAUUUUGAUUUUCCUAUUUCAAAACUUUUAGCUUAUAAAUAUGAUAAGGAGAUACAAUAGGGGCUUCCUCCAUUCAACACCAAGAACCCUGAUCCUCAAAGCAUUGCCUUGCAUGUCAGUUCACUGUUUUUCAUCACCAGAGGUAAGUGCAGCCGACGAAAGUCAAAAUUUGUCUUGGGAGAAGCGGAGACUUACUAUUACUCCUCAGAUUGUUCACUCGACUCUACUGAACUGCCCUUCUAAUUUGAUUGCUUUGAGCUUUUUCUUAUGGUGUGCUAAGCAACCCAAUUAUUUUCAUGAUGUCCUAGCAUUUGACUGUAUGGUUAAUGUUCUCGCUCGGUUAACUAAAAAAUAUGUAACUGUGAGAAGAAUUGUUGGGGAAUUGGAAAAUGUUGGUUGUGUGAUAAAGCCACAAACUUUCUUGCUUUUAUUGAGGAUUUAUUGGCGUGGUGGAUUAUAUGGAAUGGUUUUUGAGACUUUUGAAGAAAUGAGUACUUUUGGUUUUACUCCGAAUACAUUUGCUCGUAAUGUAAUCAUGGAUGUAUUGUUUAAAAUGGGGCACGUUGAUGCAGCUAUCAAGUUUUUGAAAGAAACCCAGUUCCGGAAUUUCUUGACUUUUAAUAUUGCUUUGUGUAAUUUGUGCAAGUUGAGUGAUUUGUCUAAUAUGAAGGAUGUUAGCAGAAGAAUGUUCCGGGAGGGUCAUUAUCCUAAUGUUAAGACGUUGGAGAUAAUUUUGAAUUGUUUCUGUAAAAUGGGUAGGCUAGCAGAGGCAUAUCAAGUAUUGUGUUUGAUGAUUACUCUGGGAAUUUCUGUAUCAGUAAAUGUUUGGAGUAUAUUGAUAGAUGGGUUUUGUCGAUUGCGUCAACCUGGUAUGGCAAAUUGUUUGUUUAAAAAGAUGCUUAUGACUGGAUGCUCUCCUAGUGUAGUGAUUUACACUAGUUUGAUCAAGGGAUUCUUGGAUUCCCAAAUGGUUAGUACUGCUUCUAGCAUUCUAAAUAGAAUGGAAUCUGAUGGAUAUGCUCCUGACUUGGUUCUCUGUAAUGUGUUAAUAGACUGUUUAUCUAAGAUUGGGAAGUAUGAUGAUGCAUUUGGUAUUUUUGUAAGUUUGUCAGAGAGGAAAUUAAUACCUGAUUCUUAUACAUUUUGCUCUUUGUUAUCCAACAUAUGCUUGUCUCGAAGGUUUUCUCUUUUACCUAAGAUAGCUAGUGGAGUUGCAGUAGAAGUGGACCUAGUAGUUUGUAAUUCACUACUAAACUACUUUUGCAAGGCUGGCUAUCCAUUGCAUGCUGUAGAGUUAUAUGAUUACAUGCUUGACAGAGGUUUUACACCUGAUAAAUAUAGCUUUGUUGGAUUACUUGGUGGACUGUGUGGAGCAAGAAGAAUUGAUGAAGCUGUUAAUGUAUAUAAAGGAAUAAUAAUGUAUUGCCCUGGUGUUGAUGCACAUGUCCAUACUAUUAUCAUAGAUAGGCUUAUAAGAGUUGGUAAAUAUCACAGAGCCAUCAAAUUGUUUAGGAGGGCACUUGUAGAGAAAUACCCUCUAGAUGUUAUAUCAUACAAUGUUGCCAUCUAUGGACUUCUCAAGAGUGGAAAGAUCAGAGAAGCUUUUACUUUGUACAGCCAGAUGAAGGAAGAUGGUGUUUUACCUAAUUCAUGGACAUAUAAUUUGAUUAUCUCUGGUUUCUGCAAGGAAAGAGAUAUCAAAAUGGUCAAACAGUUGAUGCAAGAAAUCAGUGAGGCAGGAGUUGAGUUGGACCAUCAUACAAUGAACACUGUAACUAAACUACUAUUCAAUUCACAUCCAUAUCCUUCAACCCUAAAUCAAUUAAUUGAAAUGUGGAAUUCAGGUUUGAUUCCUGAUCAGGCAAUGUAUGCAUAAUUCUCCAAGGGGCUUGCAUCUGGUGUAAACACAGGCCAUGCUCAGCAUUUGUUCUUAAAGGAUAAACUAUUGGUACACUCAUCUAGCUCUGAUGACCUUCCUGAUUUGGCUGCUUCUGUGGGCUGAGCUAUUGUUGGUGAAUAAGUCAUUUCACAUCUCAGAGCACGGAGCUGCUUCUAUUCUCUGUAGUUGUGCAUACCAUCAGAAUAUAUUCCUAACUACAAAGAGGUUGAAUUCCUGUAACAUGGCAAGAAAUGUGGUGUUAGAAGUUAUAAGCUGUUGUUUGCGGGCUUACCUUUGAUGAAGAUGGUAUGGUAGUGUUUUAUACCGUCAUCCAGAAACAAGGAAAACAGCAAGAUGAAAAAAAUCUCUGCAAGUGGUACUGAAUUGUGAGUAGGCUGCCAAAACUCUGGUCUGGGGGUAACAAUUGUUGUUAAAUGAGGAAGGAUGUAAUCAUCCAGCUGCAUCAUAAACAUGGAAGAAUGCAGAGAAUAAGAAAGGGGCAUGUAUGAAGAUGAUAAUGAAUUCUCAUCUUUGAUAAAUAAUAAAUAAUAAUAAGUACCAAUACUUGUGUUAUGUUUUAUUAUCUUAAACUUGGAAGUUGAAAGAUACAUGCAUGAACUCGCGUUGACUCGGGAGGAUCACUAUGCAGGUUUGUAGUGCCCCUUUUCUUCUUUUAUUCAUAUAAAAUAAAUUAAAUUCAAAUUUAUCUUUCCGCAAUGGAACUGCAUAAAGGAGAUU